AUUACAGUUUCUGAAAGCACUUAUGAACUUGCUUGGUCUGCCUUAGUUCAAAGGUAUGAUAAACCCCGUCAGUUGGCUACUACUUUGGUUAAUGAAAUGCUCAAUGCUCCAAUUAACCAUCAGGAAUCUCCCGCAGUAUUAAUUAAUUUUUUAAAUACCUUAUGUGAGAACAUAGCUCUUCUUCAGUCAUUGAAUAUACCUGAUUUAGGUUCAUUCCUGUUAUUUGCAAUAUCAGUUCGUUGUUUGCCUUCAACUACACGCCGUCUGUUUGAACAGGGGAACACUGCUGAUUUUCCUACUGUUGAUAGCUUAUUAUACUUUGCCAAAGAUAGGGUAGAGGUGUUGGAAAACUCUGGUUCAUCUUUGAUCCAGGCCACAGUUAAGCCUCAAGCAAAGCUUGUCUUCAAUAAACCUAAGCAUACAAAUUCCAAGCCAAGCCAAUCGGGCUCUAAGGCCCCUCGAAGCCAUCAAGGUUCGCCAGUGGCGUUAGUUGCUAACAAACCAGCUGGAGAGUCUCAUCGUUGUGAACAGUGUAACGGUUCGCAUUCUUUAUCGUCAUGCUCUACCUUUAAGGGCUUGUCUAUCGAUGAUCGCUACGUUUUAGAGAGCAAGCAUAGGUUGUGUAUGGUUUGUUUCGGUAGCAAUCAUUGGGCAAACAAAUGUAAGUCCUCAUGUUCUGUUUGUCACGGUCGUCAUCACCAGCUGUUACAUCGAGAUAAUCUCCAUGCCAAGAUAGCGCCAAGCAAGGAUCCUGUUGCAUCGUAUAUUGGCACUCAACAUUCCAGAUCGGUCUUGUUGGGCACCGCCUCUGUCAAUGUUCGUGAUGUAGCUGGGUGCUCGCAACCAGUUAGGGCUUUGAUUGACCCCGCGUCCCAAGUGAGUCUAAUGACCUCUGAGUGUGCUAAGCGUCUAGGUCUAUUCUGUGAACAGUGGACAGUCCCAGUAGCUGGUCUAGCAGGUCAGUUAGUGCAGUCCAUCAAUGGCAGAGUGCAGAUCAGCAUCCAAUCGGCUAUGGAUGGCAACGUGAUCAACCUUUCUACUUGGACUAUGCCUAAAAUAACAGGGUCAAUGCCAUCGGCACAACUACCGGUCUCCGUCAGGAACAAGUGUUCUCAUCUAGUUUUGGCAGAUCCUAAUUUUGAUUCACCAGCUCCGGUUGAAUUGCUGCUAGGUGCAGAUAUAUUUCCUCAAGUGAUCCGCAGCAGAAGACAUGACUUAGGUGUUGGAUUACCUACUGCCUUUGAUACUAUUUUCGGUUGGAUUCUUCUUGGUCCAGUUGAUCCAUCUCUACCAGCAGCUCCGCAACAGACUAUGAUGAUUUCCCUAUUAACAACUUCGAUUGAAUCUCUAGUUGAGAGAUUUUGGAAGAUCGAAGAACCUGAUGAGGCGCCACUAUCAUUCACUGAAGAAGGAAGGUGUGAAGAAAUAUUCGCUCAGGAAACUUACCGUGACAGUUCUGGCAGAUUUGUGGUGCCGCUUCCUUUUCGUACCCCACCUACAUCAUUUGUUUUUCAUGGUUCCCGCCGGUUGGCACUUGUUCGCUUUGAACGUCUAGAACGUAAAUUGAUUCAGAAUAAACCCUUAUAUUUGGCUUACCAGCAGUUUAUGGCGGAUUAUGAAUCCCUCGGUCAUAUGUCACUUGCUAAGUCUCCUGGUUCAUAUUUUAUCCCUCACCAUGCAGUUCACAAGAUAGAAGGGGACAACAUGAAGCUCCGGGUAGUAUUUGACGCGUCAGCUCGACCUUCUUCAAACACCUCUCUUAAUGAUGCUUUAUUUGUUGGUCCUAAGCUCCAACAGGACAUAAUGGACAUACUACUUCGUUUUCGUAUCCACGCAGUUGUCUUUACAGCUGACAUUUGUAAAAUGUACCGGCAGAUUUUGAUAGCUCCUAAGUACCGUCAGUACCAGCAUAUUCUGUGGAGAGCGUCUCUUCACGACAAAGUUCAAGAGUUUGAGUUGAACACGGUCACCUAUGGUGUUGGGACAGCUCCCUACCUAGCACUGAGGGUGUUGAAGGAAAUAGCGGUUGUCUAUGGUCAACAAUAUCCUCUGGUACAGACAGCUCUUAUGUAUCAAACUUAUAUGGACGACAUUUGUACUGGGGCAGAUAGCAUCCAGGAAGCCCAAGCCCUUAAAGAUGAUUUGAUUUCUAUUCUCAGCCAGUUCGGCCUAGAGUUAAAGAAAUGGGCUAGUAAUUCUCCUCAGCUGUUGGAAAACAAACCUUCGGAAGAUAGAGCAGUUGGUUCUCUCCCAUUCAACAUUGAAAAGUCGCCUCAAGUUCAAAUUUUAGGUAUGAAGUGGAGUCCUGAUGUCGACACAUUCAACUACAAUGUCAGUUCAGUCAAGUUUGUUUCAUCCAAACGAAGUAUGUUGUCGGUGAUUGCGCGGAUCUAUGAUCCACUUGGUUUUUUAUCCCCUGUAAUUUUUCAUGCUAAGCAUCAGUUGCAAUGUGUUUGGCGGUCUGGUGUUUCAUGGGAUGAUCGGCUUCCGUUGGAACUAGAAUAUUCUUGGAUGUCCUUUGUUAAUGAGUUACAUUAUUUAUCCACGAUUCAAGUACCAAGGUUUGUUGGUACCUCUGAAGGGUCACAAUAUGAAUUAUGUGGGUUCUCUGAUGCUUCUAUCAAAGGCUAUGCGGCUGUGGUUUAUUUAAGAGUGUCAGAUCGCCACCGUAGGGUCUCUAUGUUCUUGCUAGGUAGUAAGACCAAACUGGCACCAACCAAAGCCAUGUCUAUUCCUCGCCUUGAGCUCUGUGGAGCCGGAUUGCUCGCUCGUUGGUUAAGUCGCAUCCAGAUCACUCUCUCGACUCAGAUAACUAUCCAAAACGUUUUUGCUUGGUCUGACUCGUCAGUAGUGCUAUCUUGGUUAAAAACCCCCCAUGUUUCGUAUAAGAUUUUUGUAUCUAACCGUAUUCAUAAGAUAAAUGAAUUGUUACCGUCUUGUAGUUGGUUUUAUGUUAGCACUGAUAUGAACCCAGCAGAUUGUGCCUCUCGAAGUUUACGACCUGGUGAGCUAGCUCAGCAUGAUCUUUAUUGGAAAGGUCCUACCUUCCUCCACCAGUUCGGUGAGAGUUGGUCAUCAGAAGUUAAUUUGAUUCCCUCAGACCAGUUGCCUGAGGUCACAGGUCCUGUGUCUUGUGUUGUUGAAACUACAGGAGAGCCGAUUGAGUGGUUCUCUCGCUUCUCGUCUCUAAAUCGUAUGUUGAGAGUUAUUAUUCGUUUACAACGUCUUAUUAAAUUGUGUCGCAAGGUCCCAGUAGACACUAGUUUCCUUUCAUACCAGGAGUAUAAUGAUGCAUUGACAGCUGUUAUCAAGUGUUCACAAGGUGUGUUCUUGAAAUCCUUGUUUCUUGAGUUAUCGUCUGGUAAGGCUGUCUCCUCUCGGCCACUUGCACGUUUGUCGCCGUUCAUCGAUGACUGUGGUGUCAUCCGGGUAGGAGGUCGUCUUCGUCAUUCCUUGCUAUCAGAUCGACGCAAGUUCCCAGUUCUGCUGUCAAAGGCAUCAUAUUUGUCAUUACUAAUUGCUCGACAUUGGCAUCUGUUUGCUUGUCAUGCAGGUCCACGUCUCAUGUCAGCUUUAAUAUGUAGACAGUUCUGGAUAGUGGGUGAUCGCUCUGUUAUUCGUCGCGCAAUUAGUGAAUGUACGGUGUGUGUCAGGUUAUCAGCUCGUAACCUGCAGCCGGUCAUGUCUGAUCUACCUGACUUUAGAGUUCAGCAAUGCCAUCCAUUUUCUAAUGUGGGCAUAGAUUAUGCUGGUCCCCUUAUGAUGAAGGAGACUAAUCUGCGAAAGGCCCGACAAUAUAAAGUUUAUAUUGCCGUUUUUGUUUGCAUGAGUGUCAAGGCAGUUCACCUUGAGCUUGUGACUGAUCUGUCAACUGAUGCCUUCCUGGCGGCAUUCAACCGCUUUGUAGCUCGACGGGGAUUGCCAUCCGCAGUAUAUUCAGACUGUGAUACCAAUUUUGUAGGUGCAUCGAAAAGACUAUAUGAUCUAGUGAAUGAUCCAAGGAAUCGCGAGCGGUUCAGCUCAGCGAUUGUGUGUUCAUGGAAUUUUAAUCCCCCCAGUGCACCUCAUUUUGGUGGGCUCUGGGAAGCAGCGGUCCGUUCUACAAAGCUCUUGUUAGUACGGGUGGUUGGCAACCAGGUUUUGUCUUAUGAGGAGUUCUCGACAGUUUUGUGCAGGAUAGAGUCGGUGCUUAACUCAAGACCACUAACACCAUCGUCCAAUGACCCAAGCGACCUAGAAUACCUUUCCCCAGGUCAUUUUCUUGUUGGUCGACCCUUGUGUGCUGUGCCUGAAGCUGAGGUCCCUAUCAGUUCGAUACACCUUAGAAACCGUUGGAAGCUUCUUCAUCAGGUAUUUCAGGCAUUUUGGAGUCGUUGGUCUAACGAGUAUUUACACACCCUACAGACCAAGGGACGAUGGGUAGUUAACCAAGAAAACAUUAAAUUGGGGGAGUUAGUUAUUAUCAAGGACAACACUUCUUCUCCUUUACUAUGGAAAUUAGGUCGCGUCCGAGAGCUCCUACCAGGCCCAGACAGUGUGGUUAGAGUAGUAAAAAUACUCACCAAGCAAGGCCUAAUAAUAAGACCAGUAGUGAAGCUGGUUCCACUUCCUACUCAAUAAACAUAUUUUAUUUUAUUAUUAUUAUUAUUUUUUUUUUUUUCUUUUCUUCCCUCUAUAUGCUAUUUUUAUGACAAUGAUAUGAUUGCGGUAUGUAAAGUGCUACUACGUUGACGGCCCUUUGUGUACAGAGUGUUGGCUCCUAUAACUUCACAUUGCAUUAUGGGAAUUGCUCAAGUAGUAAAAAAAAAAAAAAAAUUGUAUUAUCCCUUAUCUAACUGCUCAAGAUCAGUCCUAUCAACAUCAACUACAGCUCCAGUUCAGUUACAGUCCAGUUCGGCCACGGCCUGAUUCGUUCAGUUCCAGUCCAGCAGAUCGCUUGUUCCACUUUCUAUGUACAAACCAGCUCAAGUAUUAAGUUGUGAUACACUAUGUAUCACAAGGGGGAGUAUGUUCGCACCCCGACCCAGGUGCCACUGGCUAACGUUCUCUGCCAGUGUUGGCGACACUGAGCAUGGACGCCUUUCGAGAUUCGCU